GCAGGAGGAAGAAGAAGGGAGCGUAAAAAGAAGAGGAGAGAAAUGGCUCACAGGAGGAACAAUGGAUGCAAACUCUUUAUGACAGUUUUGUCCAUGCUGGCGGCGUGCGGCGCCAUCCCCAUCGGCGACCUGCUGGAACGAGCCUCCCAACGCUCAGACAGGCUGCACGCCCUCAGCACCAUGCUCAGCCAGGAGCUGGACUCUCACUUCCCUCCGAUAGGCAGAGUUAUCAUGCCGCGUCCUGCAAUGUGCCACACCUCCUCUCUACAGACUCCCAAUGACAAGGAGCAAGCCCUCCAAGUAUCAGAGUCGGACCUGCUGUCGCUGGCUCGCUCCUUGCUCCAGGCCUGGGCGGACCCCCUGCUCCUCCUGUCCACCUCCGCCAACACGCUGCCCCACCCAGGCCAAAGCCGGAUAUCCAACAAGAUCCAGGAGCUGCGGGAGCAGUCCAAAAGCCUCGGAGAUGGCCUGGAUAUACUGUCCGGAAAGAUGGGUCCUGACGCCCGGGCCGUCUCCCUCCUGCCAUACAGAGGAGGCAGCGACCUCGGCCAGGACAAGAUUUCCAGACUGAUCAACUUCAACUUCCUGCUGUCCUGCUUCCGCCGGGACUCCCACAAGAUCGACAGUUUCCUGAAAGUGUUGAGCUGCCGGGCGGCAAAGACCAACCCUCAGAUGUGCUGAGAGAGUGAAGCCAAG